UAUCAAUGGCUAGUGGGCGUGAGAAUAACAGGAAAUGAAACAUGCCAAAGACACUCCGGUAACGUUAGCCUUAAUAUUUUUUAUUUUUUAAAAAAGGAUUGGAUUGAAAAUGUGGUAAUCUGAAUAUGUACGCCUUUUACAGACUAACUCAUAACUAGAUGGGCUGUUUUGCUAAAUCGACGACUCAUCCAAGUGAGCCCAGCAUUGAGUGACAAUGUCUCUAGCGCAGAGAGUUCUUCUCACGUGGAUCUUCACCCUGGUCUUUCUCAUCAUGCUUGUUCUCAAGCUGGACGACAAGAUCCGAUGGAACUGGUUCCUGGUCUUCCUCCCCGUGUGGGUCUUUGACGUGAUCCUCAUCAUCAUGCUGGUCGUCAAAAUGGCUGGUCGCUGUAAAUCGGGUCACGAACCCCGUGACGGUCCCCAAGACCUUCGGAAGAAAUCCUGGUACCUGGUGGCGGUGUUGCUGAAGCUGGCUUUCUGCCUGGCUCUCUGUGCUCGACUGGAGCGGCUGGCGGACAUCAAGGUCAGCUUCGUCUGCAUCCCGCUCUGGGUCCUACUCUUGGGGGCUAUGGCGGAGUUGGGUUACAACAUCUUCCCCAACCGAAGGGACUAAGUCUUUAAUUUAUACCAGUAGCGGAUGUGAUUCUGUUUGGCUUGCAACCCUCAGUGGGCGUCUUUACUUCGGACACUGCGAGCGGUCACCUUUUCAGACUCAUUGGGUCUGUAUGCAACCUGCAAGAGUAAUUUUAAGUGCACUGACUCGACAGUUUAGACAGCAAGGUUGCUCUGAUGGACUCCCAUACUUAAUCGGUCGUGUUCAUUUACUUGAGGAAUCCUUUAAGUAAAACAAUGUCAUGUAUUGUGAGUAUGUAAGAGUUUCCGGACCAGGUUUACACAAUCCUCCUACCUGCAGCCAUUCUUAACUUCCCAUCCAGACUGAAUGCAUCUGUUGGUAAUGAAUCCUCUUUAAACUUUUUACUUUAAACGUUUUACUUUAAAGGAUUUCUCCUUCAGUAUCGAGCAAUUUUAUACUGGUUGUGGUGUACAUAUUUUUGUUUUACUUUAAAGACAACCGAUUUCUCAUCAUUUGGUCUGUGUUCAGUGUGUAGUUUGGUAUUGAUUGUGAAUAAAACAUAAUUUUUCAUACUUGAAGAA